UCUAUCAGCUCUCUCAGCUCUCUCUUCAACCAUGCCACAACAGAGUAGUAGAAGGGCAAUGGUAUGCUGCCGCAUUGGCGCCAGGAUUGUCAACACGGCUCUUGCCUGUGCUGUCGUCGGGCUGAUAGCAAGUCGUUUGUACACGACCGGCAAAUGCUACACACUCAGAUUCGCAUUCCCGUGCCACUGGGUCUUCGUCACGUCUUCUCUGUCGAUUCUAGUCGCCGUAGGAUACUGUGCCGUCGACUGCAUGCGAUUCUCGGGAGAGAAACCGCAUAGAACGAACGAUUUCGAAGGCUUCUUUCUCAAGACCGGCGUUCUGGUUUCGGUCGCUCUCACUGGAAUCUGGCUGACGUCUGGAUGCCUGUUGUCCAAACAACUAGCCGACUUCCAAAGGAAGAACGACGAGCUGCAAGGUGAGGAGAGAGCUAACGUCGGCUACGUCACGGUUCUCUUUGGAAUUAUUACAAUUGUCGCUAGUCUAGUUACAGCGAUAUCAUGGCUCGCUCUCGCUGUUUAUGAGGGUAUCGACCUGCGUCAUUGGCUGCGUGAGAAGCAGCUGCAGAAGUACAGAUGGAGUAGAUUGAUUGAACCUGAUGAAGAGUACGAGCAGGCGGAAGCACUGUGUGAACCAACCAGUCUCGGUAAUGGCAGAAGACAGAAAGGGUGGUGAUGAAUUCGAAUAUAUUGAGACCUAAUAAAACCAGAGCUAUAGUUCUAGAGUGAUGUGUGAAAAAGUGUAAGCAAUAAGGAAAAAUCCGUAGGUGGUCGUUUUCGUUUCAAUCGGAUGCUCGUUUUCGAUUGUAUUGUGUGCGAUUGCUUUCCGUAAAUUUACCUCAUUUUAACCUCUUAUAUUAUAUGCAGU